CUCUUUUUGUGUUUUAUAUGAUUGACCACACAGAGCACCAAAAACAAAUAAUUCCAUCUUUUCAUUUCCCAAAUGGAAAGCCUUUAAAGAAAGAGCAUAAGGAAAUGUUGCUAAAGAUAAUGGUUAAAGUAAAAGACAUUUACGAGAAUCAAUCUUGUCUAUCAGAAGCGCAAUUCUUGCCAGUAACAAGAGCAUGUGGAUUACCUAGAUAUAUGAAUAUGGCCUUUUUUCGAAGACUACAAUCUUUUAGCAAGACAAGUAGUCCAAAAUUAGCCUUUUCUGUGUUUGUAGAGGGUUGGGCAUCCAUUGUAUUAAAGCGACACAACCAUAGUCAGCAUGACGAUAAAUCGUUGUAUUUUAAUAUUCUGAAGAAAACAAACAGUCAAUGGAUUGUGCCUGGAGAUUUCUUGCCUGUAUUAGAAGAUGUUGUCCGGAAUCAUCCUGGACUUCAGUUCCUUGUUAACAACCCAAUGUUUCAAGAAAGAUACAUUGAGACGGUUAUAUGUACUAUUUUCUAUGAAGCAAAAUGUGCGAAUGGUAAAAUGCGUCUAUCUGAUUUUUAUAAAAGCAAUUUUGUUCAAACGAUAAAACAACUUGGACCCAAAAUUGAUCUCAACAGUACGAGAGAUUGCUUUUCUUACAAGCACUUUUAUGUUCUCUAUGUCAAAUUUUGGGAACUUGAUGGUGACCAUGAUCUUAUUAUUUUUGAACACGAUUUGGCAAACUAUAAUGAUGGUAUACUCUCAUCCAAGUUGGUGCAUCAGAUUAUGCAACAUGGACGCAUACCAGCAUUUACCGCACGAAAAAAUCAACAGAAAGAUCAUCUAACAUUGACUUAUUUGGACUAUAUCUGGUUUUUGUUGUCUGAAGUUGACAAGAGUACUCCUUCAGCUAUUGAGUAUUGGUUUCAAUGCAUGGACGAUGAUGGAGAUGGCAUCAUUACAAGCUUUGAUUUAGCAGAACAUUGGAGCGAACAAGAUAAAAAACUUCAAGAAGCCAUUGAGUUUUAUUAUGAAGAUCCUAUUCGUCUAGAAGAUUUGAUAUGUCAAAUGAACGAUUUAAUUCAGCCAAAAAUACCUGGGCAAUUUACAUUGAGUGAUUUGAAGAAGAAUGGCAUCAUGGCAGAAAGAUUUUUUGAUACAUUUUUUAAUAUCCAAAAGUUUCAAAUACAUGAUACAUAUCAGGGACUUAUUCGAGCCAAUGAACAAUUGGAAAAAGAACGAAAAAGACAAUAUGAACUCGAAAAAAGAAGAUUCAUGGAGUUCAAGCGGUUCCAUAUGUUGGUUGGAGACAGUUCUGUAUGGAAAGAACACUUUCUUGAGUCAUUUUCGCUAGGUGUCUGGAGCGAUUAUGCUGAACAAGAAUACGAAAUACUCUUGCUAAAAGAACAAUUUGAUGAGGAGGAAGAGGAGGAGGAUGAAGACAAAUCUGUAGAAUCUGAUUGGUCUCCUAGAAAUCUAUUGGAAGAUGAAGGUCAUGAUGAAGGCCAAGUUGCCAAAGAAAAUUUGAUUGAGAUGUUGCUGGCUUCAAAUAACAAAAACACAAAUAAUAGUCAAGCCAAUUCAGAUACGACAAUAACUUCACUUAUGCAAACCAUGAAUGAAUACAAUGCUGAUAUAAAUAGUCGCAUAAGAAACAAUAAUAGAAUCUGGCAUUCAGUUGUAUAAAUUAGCUACUUUUGAUGUGAAAGUUAAAAUAAAGUUGAUUAUGUUUAUGCGAUGAUAAACAAG